AUAUGGCGACUAUAGAGGGUCCGCUGAGCAAGUGGACGAAUGUUAUGAAGGGAUGGCAGUACCGGUGGUUCGUCCUCGACGAAAAUACUGGACUGCUUUCAUACUAUACGUCUAAAGAGAAGAUGAUGAGAGGCUCCAGAAGAGGCUGUGUUCGAUUAAAGGGUGCUAUAAUUGGUAUUGAUGAUGAAGAUGACAGUACAUUUACCAUCACUGUAGACCAGAAAACCUUCCAUUUUCAAGCUCGAGAUGCUGAAGAACGUGAGCGGUGGAUUGGAGGCCUGGAGGAGGCUAUUCUCAGGCACACACAGCCACUGAGUAAGCAGAGGGAGUCAAAGCACAUCCCUAGUACAGCAGAAUUUGAUAGCAAAGUGGCAGAGACAGAUGCUUACUUGCAGUUGUUGAUAGAUCAGACCAAGGCUUUGGAUGAGAAGAUUGAGCAGUGUGAUGACCCAGCAGCCAGAGAGAAAUACAGUGUCAUCAAAGUAGCUGCAGAGACCAUGAUUGAAUCUAUCAAACAGUCCAUAGUGCUUUUACAGAUGUCCAAACAACAAAUAGCUGACCAGGCCAUGGUGGAGAAUGGACCUUUAACACCUCCAUUACAAGCAGCUGCAGGGUCUAUAGGUAGAAAAAAACAUUCACUGUCUUUUUCAAAGUUCUUCCAUUCUUCUGCCUCCAAGUUGGGUAGUUCUCUCUCUACAUCUCCAGCAGCAUCCACAACUGAGCUGCCACCUAUUGGUCCUAUGCCAAACUCAAUGGCUACCAGCAAUGGUAUUGAUGUACCACCCCAUAAUACUACUACAUCACAUUCUUUGCCUGCAUCUAGUGGAGGCUUAGAAGAGAAUGGCAUAUCACCAGCAGUAGAUGCAUUGUUAGAAGAGGAGGGUGGGGAUAUGGAGCAGGAUGGCAGUGUGGGGGCACAGUCACAUAUGAUGUCAGCAUACUCCAAUAGUGACAUGCAUGUUCCACCCAGAGUAAUGCCCAUGACAUCAUACUCCAGCAGUGAGGAUGAGGAAUUCUAUGAUGCAGAAGAACUGGAGAGGUCUGCUACUGAAGAUGAACCACCAAAAGCUGAGCCUGUUCAAGUCAUAGCUUCCAAAGAUGAUUAUUUUGAUGAGCUCUAUGAUGAAGUCGAUCAGGAAGACUUGGGCUCACUUGAAGGCCAAGGGAGUAUUGUAACUCACUUAUUGUCCCAAGUUAGAAUUGGGAUGGAUUUAACAAAAAUUGUCCUUCCAACCUUCAUACUAGAGAGGCGCUCCCUAUUAGAAAUGUUUGCAGAUUUCUUCGCUCAUCCAGAUUUAUUUGUUGGAAUUGUUGACUUUAAAGAUCCCAAAGAGCGAAUGAUUCAGGUAGUGCGUUGGUACUUAUCAGCCUUCCAUGCAGGCAGGCGCAGUGAUAUUGCAAAAAAACCAUAUAAUCCUAUAAUUGGAGAAACCUUCCAGUGUUUUUGGGAUAUCCCUAAUAUGGAGCCUUCAGAUGAGGUCUCAGACAGUGGGCCUGUGCCCUGGGUUCACAAGAACAACCUGGCUUUCAUAGCAGAACAAGUGUCCCACCACCCUCCAAUUUCAGCCUUUUAUGCAGAACAUUCAGGCAAGAGGAUCAGUCUUGAUGGUUACAUUUGGACUAAGUCCAAGUUCUUAGGGCUGUCGAUAGGUGUCUACAUGAUAGGCCAAGCAGUCAUAUCAGUAUUAGACCAUGAUGAGGAAUAUGUGCUCACAUUUCCUACUGGAUAUGGAAGGUCCAUUUUAACAGUGCCAUGGAUUGAACUUGGUGGAAAGGUUGGGGUGCAAUGUGCCAAAACUGGAUACUAUGCCAAUAUUGAAUUUAAAACAAAGCCUUUUUAUGGAGGCAAGAAACAUCAAGUGGCAGCUGCCAUAUUUGCACCCAAUGACAAAAAGCCUAUCUGUACCAUAGAUGGCGAGUGGAAUGGUGUCAUGUGGGCACAGUACAAUACAGGGAGAAGUGAAAAGUUUGUGGAUACGAAAAGCAUGCCUAUCAUCAAAAAGAAAGUGAAACCGCGUACUGAACAAGGCGAGUUUGAGUCAAGAAGACUGUGGCAAGAUGUUACAAAACAUUUGAAAGAAAAAAAUGUAGAUAAGGCAACUGAAUUCAAGAGGAAGCUGGAACAAAGGCAAAGGGAAGAGGCAAAGGAAAGGCUAGAAAAAGGAUUGAAGUGGGAAACCAAGCACUUCCAUGAACAAGGAGAACAUUGGCUUCAUCACCGUCCAUUACUGAAGAGGUUACAAGAAACAGUUACACGAAAGUCCAGACAAAACUCUCCAGAGGGAGACUCGGAAUAUGACUCUGCAUCUUGAUUUCAGUGGAAAUCAGUCAUAUUAAACUAGAUAAUCAGACUUUUGUAGUACAUGGCUAUGCAUAUGAAAUGUGCAAUUGAGAUAAAUUUAGGAUGGGAUUUAGUAAUUUCCACAAUCUAAGUGUCAGUGCUCUCAUUUAACCUGUAAAAUAUGAAAUGCUACCCAUUGUUAUCUUGAAGUUGCUAUGUGAUAGCACAUAUAGAUAUCUUUCUUUUGAAUUCACCAUACAGUUAUGAUAAGACUACCCCAUGAUCUUCUACCAUACCAUUGGAUUAUUGACUGUAGGCACGAAGUAAAGGGAGUACAAAAAAGAAAGGGUGUAUAGCUGCACACCAACUAAUUCAUUUUUCUACAAAUUCAUUUUGUACCUUGAUUUUAAUUACCUCAAGCAUGGAUAUGAUCUCUGCAUCAUCCUGAUAAUGAUUGAUUGGUGCAACUUUGCCACAUAGUCAAGCUGAAAAGAUAUAGCACAGCAUUUGUAAUUUUUUCCAAUCUUCAUUUUGUUGUAUGACACUUGCUGAAAACUACUGCCAUUUUGACUUAGUACAAUAUAAAUUGUUUAGGAGACAAUGAAAAAUGAAUGAAGAUGCACCAGUAGCAGCAUUAUUUUUAAAUGCUGUAUCAAUGCUGACUAGUCACAACUUGUUUUUAUCCCUCUAGGGAAAUUUGUUAAAAUCCAAAGUUUGAUAAUAAUAUUUAGAUUCUGUUGAAAAUUUCUGAAUUCUAGCAGAAAAACAACUGAGUUUCAUAGAAUCCAAUAAGAUUUUGUCUGCCGCAAUCCCCAGCAGUAUUUUCCAGAACAGAGAUACUGCCUUGGUGCAAUGUGUCAUAAAUAUGAUUAUUAAGGAAUAAUGGUUAUGAUUUA